AUGGGGAAAACCACAAAACGGCAGUCGCAGCCAAAGUCGGCCGUCUCGAUCGUGAAGGAGGUGGUCAAGGCGGACGAUGCCUUAGGGCUCGAUCGUGCCUUGGAAGACUUUGCUAAAACGUGCUGUGAGGCGGCCAUGACCUUGUAUGUGGAUAGUGAAGGUACCCUGGCAGAGGUGAAUGACGCACGAAAGGCCAUGAAGCCCCGCAUCGAGCGCUCGCGCCAACAACUCGACCAGCUCCAAGCCGACUACACCCGCCUCAAGGCCGCUUGUCAACAGGCUCAAGAGCCGACACAAUUGCAUCUGGCCCCCAACCCGACCCCAAGGCAAAUCGUCCGCGCCCUCUGGAGCGACGCCCCAAACUCCGUAGACGUGGCUCGACUUGCCUCCAUCACAGACGAGCUACUCAAAUCCGAGCCGGUCAACAGUACCGUUACCGGACAGCGCCCUAUCAAGUCCGAGUCUUUGCCCUGA